CGAUAACAGAUACACGGGCAACAUUUAUGUAAACCAACACUAAACUUUACAGGCUAUAUUUUAUUUUAAGCCUUUUUUCUCAGAUGACAGUGAAGAAAGCAUUUAGUAUUUUGUUUAAUUUACGAUACUGCAGUUAGUAGAGGAACAUUGGUUUUCAAAAAUGUGGUUCAUUUUAGCAAUGUGUGCAUUGAUCAAAGCUUUACACGCGGACUUUGAAACUGGAUCUGGGGCACCAGACUCAGAGGAGUUUAGUACACAUCUGAAUAUCUUCACACAAAGGGUGGAUUUACUGGAGAAGAUGUCCAGCUUGGUACCAAACAGCAGGAACGUGACCCUUUAUGAGGACAAUCAGAGCUGUCCAGUGCUAGACAUUGGCCUGUAUGCGACUCUUACUAUGCCAACUCGUCAAGCAUUUGGAUCAAGCUUUGCGGAUGAAUUCAGCGUACUGAUUCAGCUGCGCAGCUCGCAGGACGUGGACCGAAGUUUGUUGACUUUGCUGAACUUCUAUAAUCACAUUUUACUCCAGAUCCGCAUUGGCCCACACAGCAUCGCCUUCAUCACCACACAGCACCGUGACUAUGAGUUUUCAGUGUCAGGUCUGUCUGACUCUCAGUGGCACUGGAUCUCUUUAGGCGUUUCGUUUGAAUGGUUGUCUGUGUACGUGGACUGUGUGCUGGUGGAGAAAGUGAGCUGGAUGUACCCUUACAUGGGUAUCACUACAGAUGGUCUGCUGAUGGUGGGAGGCAUCCUAGAGGGGUUUGAGACGCCCUUUGAGGGAGAACUGAGACAAAUGACUUUUAUAAUGGGAGACUCAAAUGCUGCCAAGGAUCACUGUGCCUUUUACCAGCAUAUGUGUGAACCUUUGAUAGGACACUUUACGGAUACAGGAAAAAGCACUGAGAGCCCUUUCUUGUCCUUUGCUGACUUGACAGGGGACCAAGCUUUACCAUCAGAGUCCUUAGCAGAUCCAGAUGACAUCAUUGACAUACGUUCAGUUCGAGGAUUUAGGCCUGACUUCAAAGAAUCCCAUAAUCUGAACUCGAUUGCGUCUUCUAAGGAAAAAGAUCUUGAAAGUGAAUCAAACACCUCAUCUCAACCUUACAGAACUUCAAAGCAUUCAGCCCAUGGCCUUGUAGUGGUGGAAGAGUCUGACCUUCUCACAUCUCAUCUCAUUAGCACACAAAGCAGGUAUAAGGACACCAGCGACAGAAAAACCCAAUCCACCACUUCUAAGUCUUUGGAGGAAAACGUAAUUUUUCAAAAACUAAAAACAGAAUUAGGCGAACGCCCUCAGAAGCCCUCUGACCCGGAUAAAAACUGGAAUCGGAAGCCAUCAACUGGUCAGAAGAAUCUGGUCAGGCCUGAACUUUCGGAGUUAAAUCAGCUGACUGAAGAAGGUUUCUUAGUUCCUUCUACAAGCUUUUCUGGGUCCUCCAGUAAAGCGUCUCAAAAGGCUAUGGUUGAUGUUCGCUCACGGUUGGAAACAUCAGUAGGCAUCGGCCAAGAGGAGCACAAACACUCAAGCAAGGAAAGAGUUGCUCAUAAACAUGGUGAUGUUAUAUUAGGCUUGGAUGGAAAGAGAUAUAGGCUCCUUAGUGGACCACCAGGACCGUCUGGACUUCCAGGGAAAAGAGGGUGUGCAGGUAAAAUGGGAUAUAUUGGAGAAAAGGGUGACAAGGGUUCUUAUGGUGUCAGAGGAGCAGAUGGGAUGAGAGGCAUAACAGGCCCUCCAGGCCCACCAGGACUCCCAGCGCUCUAUCUCUGGAGGAACACACAGGAGGACUGGGCUGAAUUCAGGAGAACUUCUUACUACCAGUUGCUGAUGGCUGGCUGGCCUAGAGAGACAGGGCUUCCUGGACCGAUUGGUGAGAUGGGAAAACCUGGUUUGCCUGGAUUACCUGGAGACCCGGGCGAGAGAGGACCACCAGGGCACCAAGGCGAUAUGGGUGCCAUGGGGCCCAAGGGAGUCCGAGGCCGUGCAGGGACUCAAGGAAGAGAUGGAGAGAACGGGUCGGAAGGAGUGGCAGGGCCGCCAGGUUUCCCCGGCCUUCAGGGUCCUCGUGGUUACAAAGGUGAAACAGCGCCACCUGGGGACAAAGGAGAAGAGGGUUUUCCUGGAUUACCUGGGCCCAGUGGCGACAAAGGACAGCCUGGCCAAAAAGGCUCAAGAGGGGAAAUGGGGUUUCCUGGCUUGGCUGGCCCUCUGGGACCUAUUGGUUUGCAAGGCAUUGAGGGGAUUCCAGGCCCACCCGGCCUUCAGGGUAAUCCAGGACAUGACGGCAAGCGUGGUCCUCCAGGGCCAGCAGGAGCGCCAGGUGCUACCGGCAUGGUCGGCGCACAAGGUGUUAACGGAACAGAAGGCGAUGCUGGACCUGCUGGGGCUGUUGGACGAAAAGGCCCUCAGGGACCAAGAGGGUUAGAAGGCAAUAGAGGCCCACCUGGUAAUCCAGGUGUUCAGGGGCUUCCAGGUCAGGAUGGUCCACAGGGCUUCAAAGGUGAAAUAGGACCAGACGGGCUAGCAGGUAACAGGGGCCUACAAGGCAUUGAAGGAGCCAUGGGCGUGACUGGGGCUCCAGGUCCAAAAGGCUUUCCAGGUGUCACAGGCAAUAGGGGUUCAGAUGGAGAGAAGGGUGAUGCAGGACCCAAGGGGCAAAAAGGACCACCGGGUGCACCAGGGAUCAUGGGUCCUCAAGGUGAGAGGGGCCAAUCGGGACUUCCAGGCUUACAUGGUGUCAAAGGUCAACCAGGUGCUACAGGUUCCCAGGGUCAAGAUGGUGAAGUGGGUCCUCAGGGAAUGCUGGGAAAAGAAGGGCAAAAGGGCAGUAGAGGUGAGACCGGUGUCAAUGGAAGAACGGGAUCAAGAGGAUCCAGGGGACGGGCAGGCCAACAUGGUUCUCCUGGCAUGCAUGGAAUAGUGGGUUUGCGAGGUCUGGUUGGUACCGAGGGACCAGAAGGAAAGCCUGGUACACAGGGUGUUUCUGGGUUCCCCGGAGGUCCAGGAGAUAAAGGAUCACAAGGCUUGAGGGGUCUGACGGGGGAACACGGGAAACAAGGCCCUCAAGGAUCACAGGGCCCAGCUGGACGACCAGGACAAGAUGGCACCCAAGGCCCUCCUGGUGAAAAGGGCUUCACUGGAAAACCAGGCAUGGCAGGUCUACAGGGUCCUGUAGGAAUGUAUGGUUAUCCAGGAGCCCCAGGCCUUCAUGGAAAGCCAGGUCACGUAGGAGAGAGGGGUGAACCUGGGAUCAGGGGACCUGUGGGUCCAUUAGGAGGAAGAGGGACAUCUGGUUUACCUGGCCCGCCUGGUGAGAGAGGCCCACCUGGACCACCGGGUCGCCAAGGGGAGAUUGGACAUACUGGCUUCCAAGGAGCACCUGGACCCCCAGGGCUACCAGGGGCUAAUGGUAUGACGGGAAAGCAAGGCCCUCCAGGAAGCCUUGGUCCCCACGGGCCAAAGGGAAAACAUGGACCGAUUGGAUUGCCAGGCUUACCAGGAGUACAGGGAAUAGCUGGUCAACCUGGAGAGAAAGGCGAGCAGGGAGUGCCAGGAUCUCCAGGUGACCUUGGAUCAAUAGGACUCAAUGGGCUGCAGGGCCAUCCUGGUCCAGCUGGUCCUGAAGGUUCACCAGGAGCAAAAGGGGAAUAUGGAUCAUUUGGACCCAGUGGAAAGCCUGGCCCAAAUGGACUUUCAGGAGAACAAGGGCCUCCUGGCUCUCAGGGAGUGCAGGGUGAGCCAGGACCAAUUGGUAAAGAGGGAGAUAUUGGACCUCCGGGUAAUAUUGGAGACCCAGGGCGCAAAGGACAAAAGGGUGACACGGGACAUCAAGGAUCUUCUGGCCGACCAGGGCCAGCUGGAUUUUUGGGGGAUAGAGGAGAGCAAGGACCGAAAGGGAAUAAAGGCUACGUUGGACCACAAGGCCAAAAUGGGUUGAUGGGAAAGAUCGGCCCGUCUGGUUUGAUGGGACUAGUGGGUUUGAUGGGUCUUCGGGGACCACCGGGAGACAAUGGUUCACCAGGGCCAAAGGGAGAAACUGGAUCAUCCGGGAUGACUGGCCUUCCAGGAGAUCAAGGCGAUCGGGGAAUGGCUGGGCAGAGAGGCUUAAAAGGGGUUAUGGGGAAAGCAGGACCUCAAGGAGCCGUGGGUCCCAGAGGCCCUGAAGGCUUAUUGGGCCUAAAGGGUAUGCCAGGACAAGAGGGACCUAAAGGUGAACCAGGAAGAAAAGGUCCUCCAGGCCAGAUGGGACCACCGGGUCUUGCUGGCGCUGAAGGCCUCUUUGGAUUGCCAGGCAAAGAGGGACUUCCAGGAGAAGCUGGUGCUCAAGGUCCUGUUGGCCCACCAGGGCUACAGGGUCCAAAUGGCAGACCAGGGGUCCGGGGAAGGGAUGGACAGAAAGGUCAGAAGGGAAAAGAUGGUCGAGAAGGUCAUCCUGGAAAAACUGGACAUCCUGGAAAGAAAGGAAAAAAAGGAAAAGCUGGUCAGAGGGGUCUCAGAGGGUCCAGAGGGGAGAAGGGACAGCAGGGUUCAGUGGGUAUGACUGGACCUCCUGGACCAUCAGGACCAUAUGGUUUACCGGGCAUCCGGGGUGAGAAAGGGGAGAUGGGUAAAAAAGGCUUUGAGGGAGAAAAGGGAGACAUAGGGCCACUUGGUCCUCUGGGAAGGGAUGGACUAAAGGGGGAGCAGGGUUUGCAUGGGGAGAAGGGGAGAGAUGGAACAAAGGGAGAGCAGGGGGAUAUUGGCCCAACGGGUCAUAGAGGGUCACCAGGUCUACCAGGGAUGCCUGGUCUGUUUGGAGAAAAGGGGUUAAAAGGAUAUUCAGGUCUUCCUGGACCAAAAGGACAGAGGGGACUUCUUGGCCCACCGGGUCCUCCCGGGCCACCAGGAAAUCUAAAUAUAACACUGACUCAGUUAAAAGACCUUACGUUCCUGUCCGACAAGCCCAAUUAUUCACUUAUUAGUACGCUGCUUGAAGCCCUUCAGCGAGACCUGCGAUUCUUCAUUGAUCCUCCAGAUGGAACUAAAGAGCAUCCAGCUACCACCUGCUUGGAGUUGAUGCUUUCUUAUCCUAACUUUUCUAGUGGAAUGUAUUACAUCGACCCGAAUCAGGGAAGUUCUGCUGAUGCUUUCCUGGUGUACUGCAACUUAAGUUCAGGUGGACAAACGUGCUUGCCACCUAUGCAGCCGCAGGUACCCAUGAGACCUUGGCUCCGAGACACCAGGCCAGAUUCUUUUACAUGGCUAAGCUCUAAAGAUGGUGGCUUUCAGUUUGAUUACACAGGGACUGGUGUGGUACAGAUGAGGUUCCUGAGAUUAAACAGCAAGAUUGCAAAGCAGAACAUAACGUUUUCUUGCCAGCCGAACAGCCAGCAGGGUUCCAGCGAGAGAGAGAUUAAGUUCCUUGCAGAUUCAAGAAAACAGAGCUUUUUGGGAACCUUUCGAGAUUGUGAGCCUACAGGUGGGCUGGAUACAGGCCCUCGGGAGUCUGUAUUCCAGUUUGAGACUGAAGACCUGGAGCUUUUACCCAUCAGAGACCUGGCUUUAUUUGGUCAUAGUGACAUGACAGACGAGUUUCAGUUUACUAUAGGACACGUCUGCUUCAGCUAGAACACAAAAACUGUUGCUGUGCAGAGUUUUCUGCUGAGAAAACAGAGCUAAGGACAAACUGAGAAAAGGAGAAAGUCUGUUCUCCAUGAUCAGGAACUCAACUCUACUCCAUCUGCUGUAGGAAUGGAGAUUCCAUAUGAAGUCUUUAUUUCAACUUCGGUUUGUAAAAUAAACUGAUUUGUUGUCCAGCGGCAACAGUAAUUUGGUGCACGGCUUCUUAUGAGAAGUUGUACUGUAUAUUUGUUUACAACGCUUAUUUUCUGUUAAAUGUUCAAAUAACUGUUUAUUUAUAUAAUGUCAUAGAUUUGUUAGUUUUGUCGUGUUAUAACUUACAUCCCACAAAUCAUAACUUCCCUAAAAAACCCUUUAAUUCAGGUUUUGUUGCACCUUAUGAUAAAAAGCACUGUGAUGUCUGCCAUCCGUUUUGUACUAUUUGGACAAUGUGCCACCAAUCUGCAUAUCAGGCACUGCAUGUCAACACAUCAGACUGAUUACAGAAAACAAUGGAAUAGUGGAAAACAGCUAGGUGUGGUCAGUUGUUGUGGGAACAUUGUUUAUGAUGUAUCUAAUGUAAUUAUAGUGACACUUUUAAAGAAUGUCACAAAAAUCGGUUAAAACAAAGUCCCAAUUUAGCUCAUUGUAUACUAGUUUAUUGCAAACAAUGUGUUUAAAUGUUUCUAUUGCAGAUUCUGCAAUGUGGUUGCUAGUAAAAAUGAC